CCUUCUGUUUGUUCGCUGCUAAGAGAACAUAUUCAGAGAGAACUUGACUUUGGGAAGGUUCGAAGAGUUUCACCAUUAAGCAUAACUUUGGAAUCAUGCUCAAUAGGACCUCAUGGUAAAGAGUUUUCUUGUGGUGAGGUUCUCACCAUGAAACUUCGAGUGCGGCCAUUUGCAAGUUUGAGGAGAGGGAAGAUUGUGAUUGAUGCGGUCUUGUCUCAUCCAAGUGUCUUGAUUGUGCAAAAGAAAGACUAUACUUGGCUAGGGAUACCCUUUUCUGAAGGUGAUAUCCAAAGGCAUUCCUCAACUGAAGAAGGGAUUGAUUAUCGGACAAAAACCAGGAGGGUUGCCAGGGAGGAAGCAACUGCUUGCUGGACCAGAGAUAGGGAUCAUGCAGCUAGAGAAGCGGCAGAGAUGGGAUACCUAGUUUCUGAGAGGAGUUCCUGUCAAUACGAAGGUGAUGUUUUAGAGGAAAGGCAUUUUAGUGAAGUAAGCAGCUCCAAGGCUUUGUUAUGUACAGAUGAGAAGAUGCACUGGAAGGAUCACCAUUGUAUGGACUCAGGUGUUGAGUAUCACACGAAGCAUGCAGAUUUGGAGAAAUCAUUUGGGGUAAAGUUUCCUGGUUCAGGGUUUAAGCUUUGGUCAAAGCUGAUCCAAGGCCCUAAGAAGCAAAAAUUUAAAAGGAAAAGUAACAUGAGUGAUUCCUCUGCCGUUUUUGUUGCUGCCAAAAGACGAAUCCUUGAGCGUAGUGCAUCAGCAGCCGUAUCAUAUUUCCAGAACCUAUCUCGAGUGGAUCUUGAUGAGCCUUCAGAUUCGUCUGAAAAUUAUGAUGUGUUGAAUCUCGAUACCCUUUUAAUGAAGAACAACGGUGAUAAUAAGGUCGAAAAACAACAUAAAGAAGUAGAAGAACAACGUGUCAUAGUGAAUCAAAAUGCUAGCCAUCUAUAUAAUUUUGAUUUUGUUCGAGAUCCCUUUCUAAUGGUGGUUAGCACACUAUGUGGAAGUAAAAGAUACAGAAAAAGUUUGCUCUCUGUUGGAACCGCUGAAGUUGAUCUGAACAGAACAGGGAAUGUGGUAGUUGAUGUUGUAAAUGAAUGCACAAAUGACAACGUAAAUGAGAGAAAAAGUGGAAAUGCAUCUCAACAUUUAACUUUUGAAGAGCAUGAGCACCGACCUGCAGUGAAUCAUCCUGUUUCCAUUUGGCCCUUAAACUUGAAAUUUGGCUUCCUUCACUUUUCUAAAAAUGUCAAGGAACUAUUAUCUAGUUUUUUGACUGGUCCAUUCAAAAUUGAAGUCUGGUAUGGAUCCAAGGGUUGAAAAAAUUGUUACCGAACCUGGUG